AUGUACUAUCCCCGGGAUAGGUUUCAUGUGAGGAUCCUCAUGGAUCCGUUCCCUGCUCAAAGCAAGAGAUCGACACAACAUUUUGCUGAUGUACAGAUUACUGAAUCUCCCUUCGUUGCCAAGGGAAUACUGUUCUACUUAAAACUACAUGAGCUUUUGGCAGAGGAUCCAUCAUUGAAGCAGUUCAAAUCACAUAAGAAAAGUGUGUGGCGACUCAAAAGAGUUGGAGAUGUUCUCACAAUCAUUGUUGUAGCUGAAGUUCUGGAAAUUGCAUGGUUUGGCACCGAUUCAGAAGUUCUGGAAAUUGCAUGGUCCGGUAUCUUGGUUCAGGAUGCUGUUGGAAGCACUAUUUCUUGGCCAACCCAUUUCAUUAGAUUUGACUAUGAGUAGAAAUCCUAACAUCUAUGGAUAGUUUUUGAGGACUUUAAUGAAUAGAUUCCUAUAAUCUUUGAAUAGUUUUGGCUAAUGUUUACAAACUCGUAUAUGUACCAUUUUGGAUGGUUUAUAACUUUUUGGAUAAUUUAAACUUAAGAAUAGUCCUUUUGGAUGGUUUUGAA